GUAAGUACACAUUCAAACAGAAAUACUCAUGAAGGAAUAUCGCUGACAAAAAAACUAGGAUUUAGCAGCAUUAGUGUAGUAACUAGUCCAAAAUGCCGGAUGAAUCGGUGAAAGUAGCGGUGAGAGUCCGCCCCUUCAAUCAAAGGGAAAAAGACAGAGGUUCAAAAUGUUGCAUCAAAAUGACAGGAGCCCAAACCUUAAUCACAAACCCAGAAACUCCAAUUUGCAUUUGACUACUCAUAUUGGUCACAUGAUGGCAUGGUUGAAAAUGCAGACGGUAUAUUCGAGGCCGCACCCGGCACAAACUAUUCUGGUCAGCGUGUUGUGUUUAAUGAUCUUGGACAAGGAGUCCUUAAUAAUGCUUUUGAAGGUUAUAACUGCUCAUUGUUUGCCUAUGGCCAGACUGGUGCUGGGAAAUCCUACUCAAUGGUGGGAUAUGGGGCAAAUAAAGGAAUUGUACCUAUUACUUGUGAUGAACUGUUUAAAACUAUGAACACAAAUACAGAUCCAAAUAAGAGAUAUGAGGUCACUUUAUCAAUGUUGGAGAUCUACAAUGAGCAGGUUCGGGAUCUACUGCAAAAAAGUAAUCCAAAGGGAGGUCUCCCUGUACGCCAAAACCCCAAACUUGGUCUUUUUUACGUGCAAGGUUUGAAGAAGGUUCCAGUAGGGAGUUACAAAGAGGUUGAACAACUCCAAGAACAAGGUACUUCCAACAGGACAGUCGCAGCAACACAGAUGAACGCCACAAGCAGUAGAGCCCAUACAGUCGUAACAAUCGUGUUUGAUCAGAUCAUUAAAAAUGAGAGUGGUCAGGAGACUAAAAAGAGCAGUACAAUGAAUCUUGUAGAUUUAGCAGGUUCUGAAAGAGCUGACAGCACUGGGGCAACUGGGGACCGUCUCAAAGAGGGUGCCAAUAUCAACAAAUCUUUAUCCUCCCUCGGAAAUGUCAUCUCAGCUUUGGCUGAUCUGUCCAUGGGAAAGAAAAAGGUCAUGGUGCCCUAUCGUGACUCUACCCUAACAAAACUUCUACAAAAUGCGCUUGGUGGUAACUCGAAGACUAUAAUGAUCGCAGCUCUAUCCCCUGCUGAUAUAAACUAUGAUGAGACACUGGGGACGUUGCGAUAUGCUGACAGAGCCAAGAAGAUUAAAAACAAAGCUGUUAUUAAUGAGAAUCCAAUGGACAAACUUGUCAGGGAAUUAAAAGAAGAAAAUGAGAGACUUAAGAAGGCGAUGACUGGAGGUGGAGUAGAUCUAUCUAACAUGCAGGCAGGGCUUUCACCUGAAGAAAAAGAAAAAAUGCGAAAAGAAAUGGAAGAAGAAAUUAGAGCGCAGUUACUUGCCAAUCAGGAAGAGCUUGAUCAAGAAUCAUCGUCAUGGGAAGAUAAGCUCAAAAAUGCACGUGCUGAAGUGGUUGACGAUGGUGACACAGCUCGGCGUAAAUCUGACCCGCAUUUUCUUAACCUAAAUGAGGAUCCUAUGUUAUCAGGAAAAGUUGUUUAUUUCUUGGAUGAAGGAGAGAAUACGAUUGGACGAAAAGAUGCAGAUCCAAAACCAAAGAUUAUGCUCAGUGGGUUAAGCAUCUCUAAAGAGCAUGCCAUUGUGAAGAACAGCAAAGGUGGCUGUGAAAUCAAACCUGCAGGGGCCGGUGCCAAAAUCAAAGUAAACGGACAGCCCUUGACAGGCGCAAGAGACCUAGUCCAUAAAGAUAGAGUCCUAUUUGGAUCUAGUCAUUUAUAUGUAUUUACGAACCCCAAGAAAACUGAUGAAGCCCCUAAAGAUCUUCCAGGGGAUAUUGAUUGGGAAUAUGCCCAAAAAGAGAUUGCUGAAGCAAAGGGGUUCUCUACUGGAGCUGCUGCUGGUUUAUCUAAAGAUCAACAAAUUGCACAGGAGUUAAUCCUAGAAGUCUUGCCAAUGGUUACUGAAGUAAAUGCCAUGUCUGAGGAGUUGAAUAAACACAGAACAUUUGAAGUUGUACUACUUUCUGCUGCUGCACAAGAUGGAACUGGAAGUAGUGGAGGGGCGAAAACAACAAAGGUGAUGGUAAAAAUGAAGAAUCUUCUCAAUGGCAACACUUGGUUAUGGGAUCGGGCCAAAUUUGUGAACAGACGUUUCAUGAUGCAAGACCUCUAUCAAAGCUGGCUCGAUGGUGAUGAAAGCGUCCUUAAUAUUCCAAAAGAGGAGGACCCGUUCUGGGAGCCCCCUGAGGAUGUCCUUAUCGGCACAGGUCAUGUAUUCCUUCAGUCGCUCCUGUGGGGACUCGAGUGGGAUGUGUCUGUGACGAUAAAUGACUACAAAGGUCAAGACGAGGGAUCGUUGCACAUAGUUUUGACGCCUUGUAAUCAAAAUGGAAAACCAAUAGAAGAUGAGUUUUUGGACGAAGAUGAAGAUCAGCUAAAAGGAAAACCAUAUCAUUUCAAGGUUGAAAUCAAACGAGCUGAAAUUCAUAAAGCAAGAUUUUCAAAAGGUCUGAAAGUGAAAUAUCAUGUAUAUAAAGAUGAUAAGGCCAUUGAGACGCCAGUAAUAACAGGGACACUUUCCCCAGAGUUUAAACACUCCCACAUAGUCUCAUUCCCCAAUGUCACGGAUGACAUCAUGGAAUACUUCAAAAAUGAUAACAUCACAUUCAGUGUUUAUGGGAAACAGGAGGAUGUUGGAGGUGAUGCUAAAUUGUCAAAACUUACUACGAAGGAACUCCGACAAAUGGAUCACAUUAACAAACCCGAAUCAACAAGAAAAAAUACCCAGCAGGCAUUUGGUCUCGAUCAAUCAUCUGACCAAUCACAGCUCAAGUCAGAAAUGAUGUUACUUCAUCGGAAGUUUGAACGUCUUGAAGCCAAGGAGCGUAGAAUGCAACAAAUUUGCCAGGAAUGGAACACUAAGCCAGCAUCUGAGCAAGAUUUUGAGGCAUUUUUCCGAGCUGUAUCGGCAGUUGCGAAUAGCUCUGGAACAAGGCUCAAAACUCGAGUCCAGAUAAUGAACAGGAUGCUUCAAGCUCAAAAGAAAACUGCAGCCAAUGGGAAUGCAGCAAAAGGUCCAGCGAGCGAUACUAAAGUGAAAGCGGAAGGUGGCAAGGAGAAAAAAGGGAGCAGUGCCUGUAUUGUGAUGUAAUUGGACAAUCAGAAUUGCGUUCUCCAAUAUUACCAUAUUUGGAGUUUGAGGCAUUAAAAUCAGUCAAAGAACUUAAAGAUAUGAUUUUGUGAUGUAUUUUUGGCGUCAUGAUGAAAUGUGGUGUACUAAGGAACUAUUGAUCCAUUGAUGAUGUCAAGAUGGAUUAUUCAGGGUGUCAUAAUGGAGUCAUUGUGAUGUCAUAAUGGAGUACUUACAGUGUCACAAUAGGUUGUUCAUGAUGUCAUAAUGUAGUAGUCACAUUACGUCAUGGUGGAGUACUUAUGAUGUCAUGCAGUACUAGUGAUGUCAUAAAGGAGUGAUUAUGAUGUCAUAAUUGAGUACUCAUGAUUUCAUCAUCAACAGUCAGUAUCAUGCUAAUCAAGUAACAAUGCAUUAAUCAAAUCAAUGCGAAAUAACUUAAAUCGAUGAGUUAUACUAAAGUAUAUGAAAUUUAUUUAAAUGAAGUAUGUAAAAUUUAGUCGAGUUAUGCUGGAAAUAACUAUGGCACAUGUAUUUUUACAUUUAAUGAGCAGAUCAUGAGAAAAAGUCGUCACAAGGCUGAUGUAAUUAUGCAACAGAGAUGUGGUACUGCUCCCUUAGUAAAUUAUGAUUUUGUUAGACCUACUAACAGUCUUAGGCUGAGAUAUGUGAGUUUACUGUUUAGUAAACACUUCCUCAUUUAUGUUGAAGACGAUUAAAAAUCUCUUUUUUAUUUCAUUUUGUAUGGAAUUAAACGAAAUACAUGAUAUAACAGUAUAAGCAUAAUUCAUUAAUUUAACAGAAAUAUGUGCUUAUUAUAUGUAUAAUUAUGGAUAAUUUUAAAAUGUGACUUUCACAAACUGUUAUUCUAUAUAAUCUUUCCACAAAAAUAAUAAUGUAAAACAAAGAGCUAAAUGGCUCUAGCUUAUAUAAAGGGCAUCCAGAAAG